AUGGGCAAGGUCAAACGACAAGCCCAGAAGCAUUCAAAUCAUCACGACAAUCCUAGAAAAGGGGCCACUAGCAUUUCCCGACGACAACAUAGCCAGAAGCCACCCACAAUUGUGAAAAAGGCUGCAUCCAAGCCCGUUUCUCAUGACAAUCUCCAGGGCCGCCUGAAAGUGCCGUUUACAAAGUUUGACAAUGUGCUACUCGUCGGUGAAGGUGACUUUUCUUUCUCGCUGUCCUUGAAGCAGCAUCAUAAAGUCAACCAGAUCACUGCAACGUGCUAUGACUCUAAGGAGGCUCUAGAGAGCAAGUAUCCCAGUGUAGCCCAGACGGUAAGACGGUUGGCAGGGUCAAGCCACGAAUUUCCAACGAAGGAGAUUCCGGGAGACGACUCUGAUAGCACAAAGGCGGAUGUGCAUGUUGGUGGAGAAGACACAGAAUGGAAUGGUUUCUCACCGCCACCAUUGUCUCCCAGUCCUGCUUCUCCCGGUGACGAAGCCGGAGAGACGACAUCAAAGAUACCGAAAGUGAACCUACUCUACGGUGUUGACGCCACGAAGCUCCUUUCGACACACAAAAAAGCCCUUCGACCCUAUGGCCCCUUCACGAAGAUUGUCUUCAACUUCCCGCAUGUCGGAGGUCUGAGUACAGAUGUCAACAGACAAGUCCGAUAUAACCAGGAACUCCUGGUUGGGUUUCUCAAAGGUGCCAAGGACCUGCUGUCAACCCCUGCUCGCCCUGCGAAGGUGAUAAAGUCAGAAACCUAUGAUGAGGAUGACGAGCUUGACGAAGCUGAAGUCUCUGACAAUGAAACUCGUCGAGAUCCAGGCGCCGUCAGCGGUCAGAUCCUGGUCACCUUGUUUGAAGGGGAGCCCUACACGCUAUGGAACAUUCGUGAUCUAGCCAGACAUUCUGGCUUGAAAGUCAUAGAAAGUUUCAAGUUCCCGUGGUCGGCAUAUCCAGGAUAUCAGCAUGCAAGGACGAUCGGGGACAUCACUACCGGCAAAGAUAGGAGUGAACAAGGGAAGAGAAAAGGAGCAUGGCGCGGGGAGGAGCGAGAUGCCAGAUGCUAUGUGCUGGAGGACAAAGAUGCAGAGACCAGCGGCCAGGCGUCAAAGAAGCGGAAGAGGAGAGACCAUGACAGCGAUGGUGAUGACGGUGACUAG